UUAAAAAAGAUUCUCAUCCAACUGGCUUACGACCAAAUAAAAAACUCUCCCAGCUAUGCUUUUACCAUUUCAUUAACCUUCCCAAUCCUUCCUCUCUAUAUAACUCUUUACAUCCUCUCUUCUUUUUGGGGUAUACUGCUAUAGCCAUUACUCUGUUUUUGAUCAAAUGGGUCAGUUCAUUAAUCUUGUAAUUGUGCUGUCACUUUCUCUUAGUUUCUGUUUGCUUCCUGACACAACAUCGGCUCAACUAAGACAAAAUUACUACGCUAAAACUUGCCCCAAUGUAGAAAACAUUGUUAGAGCUGCAGUCAAUAAGAAAUUCAGCCAAACUUUUGUCACAGUUCCUGCAACCAUCCGUCUCUUCUUCCAUGAUUGUUUUGUCCAGGGUUGUGAUGCUUCGAUUAUAAUUGCAUCCUCCGGUGGCAACACAGCAGAAAAGGAUCAUCCUGAUAACCUGUCAUUAGCCGGAGAUGGAUUUGACACCGUCAUUAAAGCCAAAGAAGCAGUUGAUGCAGUUCCAAGCUGCAAAAACAAGGUCUCUUGUGCUGAUAUUUUGGCCAUGGCAACCCGGGAUGUUAUUGCUCUGGCUGGUGGACCUUCUUAUGCUGUUGAAUUGGGCAGAUUGGAUGGAUUAAGCUCCAAAGCAUCUAGUGUAAAUGGAAAGCUGCCUCAACCAUCUUUCAACUUGAAUCGGCUCAAUUCUCUGUUUGCAGCAAAUGGACUCACCCAAACGGACAUGAUUGCUCUUUCAGCGGCACACACCGUUGGAUUCUCUCAUUGCAGCAAGUUUUCCAAGAGAAUAUACAGUUUCAGCAAGCAAAAUGCAGUGGACCCAACACUUAACAAGGCCUACGCUACCCAACUUCAACAAAUGUGUCCCAGGAAUGUGAACCCCUUGAUAGCCAUCAACAUGGACCCAAACACACCCAGGAAAUUUGACAACGUCUACUACAAAAACCUGCAGCAAGGCAAGGGUCUGUUCACCUCAGACCAGGUUCUAUUCACGGACCCAAGGUCUAAGCCUACUGUAAACGCCUGGGCCACCAGCUCACAGGCUUUUAACAAAGCCUUUAUUACUGCCAUUACUAAGCUGGGCCGUGUAGGUGUCAAGACUGGGAAGAACGGGAACAUCCGCAAAAAUUGUGCUGCCUUUAACUGAGAAAAGUUUCUCAGAGGUUCUCUUGAAGCUGAACUUUUGCUAGACAAAUUGUCAGGUUUUGAGACAUGUUUUGUUAGUUUCUGGGGAGAUUUCUUGGUGUUGUAACAAGUUGUAGAAGGUUUUUUUUUUUUUUUAUUACAAUUACAUGGGAAAGGAGGAUUGGAUUGGAUCAUAAAAGUCAAAUAAAUAACUGUGACAGGGUGACAGCAAACCUUGUUUGACCUUGUAUUGGAUGUAAUAAUAAAUGUUCAGUUCUGAUGUCACUAUCAACUUUUCCUGACUCUUUGGGGGUGGAAAUUAAGCCUUUCGUGCGAAUGAAGCCUAGCAAGAAGAGGAAAAAGGCAAAUGGCAAGCUAAUUGUAUUGUGUUAUAGGAAGCCAAUCCAUCUCCUCUCCCUUUAUCUUCAAAUGGAUCUCUUUUGAGUUGUUCUGCGAAGGACAGUAGCCUUUAACCAAAUAAAGGUUGCGAAAUAUUGAAUGAAUAAAAUUUGUAGAACUAGUAAUGAUUGAACUCAAUGAAAACCUUGUUGACAACCUCAUCGGGGUUCAAGAAUAGAUGAAAAACGUUUUUUUUA